GAAGUCUCUGGACGAACUGCGAUCGUACCAAGGUCUACAUUGACAUGGACGGCUCCACUUUUAGGUCCAGACAAUUUCCAAAGCUCCCUCGCACACGUCGCCUCCGCGCUCCUCUCCUAUGCAGUGGCUGUGCUCGUGGGGCAAUCUCACAUCCCCCAACCUGCUCUCCAAGGUCCGAAUUAUGUCAGGCCGCCUCCGCUCAUCAUCUUCAGUCCGGUGCCGGGGCCUGGGCAGGUCCAAGUCCAGAAUCAACAAACGGAACGUUGCAUACGUAGGUCAACGAAGCAGGCGGCUCCACAG